GGGGAGUCACUACAGCUCAUUGAUGGCUUACAGAUGCGCCUUCGCGUCGACCUUUCAUUCGCCUCCAUUCAUUCCGGCUCUGCAUUCACGGUGCCUUUCCUCCACGUGACGUCCCGCCUGCUGCCAGUGUCUCCCGCAGAACCCGCGUCCUCCGUCGGCCGGGAGACGGUCGUCCCCAUCCCGUUGAAACAAACUCGCCCUGCCGCGGCGAAGAGGGACGAGGGACCCGGCAGCAUCGGCUUUUAUUUUGUCAAAUAAACGACUAAUUGACAAAAAAAGCCGGUACGAGCCCCGCGGGGUGGGAGGCUGAGGGGGGGGGCGCAGGGAGGGGGGGGGGUUGUCUAGCCGGCGGGAGGUGGACCAGUGCGAUGAUGCCGGGCAGAUCUGUGAAGGACGUGGACAGGUACCAGGCUGUCCUCACCUCUUUGCUGGCGCUGGAGGAGAAUAAAUACUGCGCCGAUUGCGAGUCCAAAGGUCCAAGAUGGGCGUCCUGGAAUUUGGGCAUCUUCGUCUGCAUCCGCUGUGCUGGUAUCCAUCGCAACCUGGGGGUCCACAUCUCCAAGGUCAAGUCCGUCAAUCUGGACCAGUGGACACAGGAGCAGGUCCAGUGUGUUCAGGAGAUGGGAAAUGCCAAAGCCAGACGUCUCUACGAGGCUUUCCUACCCAAGUGCUUUCAGCGGCCCGAGACGGACCAGUCGGCGGAGAGCUUCAUCAGGGACAAGUACGACAAGAAGAAGUACAUGGACAAGGUCAUUGACAUCCAGAUGCUGAGGAAAGAAAAGAGCUGUGACAACAUACCCAAGGAACCUGUUGUGUCCGGGAAAAUGAAAUUGAAAAAAGACAUCAGCCCAAAGACAGAUCCCCAGUCUGUUACAGACCUGCUUGGAUUAGAUGCCCCGGCUCCAAGUGUGUCGGUGUCUAAUGGCGGAGGAUGUGUUCCAGACAGUAAUGAGAGCCCGGCGGUGUCCGAUCCAGCUCUGGCGCACUCUGCACUGGAUCUCUUCAGCACUCUGCCGGGAGCCUCCUCUGCCUCCUCCAUUAAAACCACGCCGGUUUCUAGCUGCAUGCCUCACAGCAGAGUGACUGCCUCGGUGCCGGACAACCUCAGUCUGUUCCUGCGUUCGGCCCCCAAAGCAGAGAAGGGCAAGAAGAUGUCCAAGGACUCCAUUCUCUCCCUGUACGCCUCCACCCCCUCAGUCCACGCCAGCAGUAUGCCGACUCACGGCUUGUACAUGAACCAAAUGGGAUACCCAACACACCCGUACGGAUCGUACCAUUGUUUGGCCCAGGCCGGCGGAAUGGGAGGUGCCACGAUGAUGUCCCAGAUGGCCAUGAUGGGACAGCAACAGAGCGGCGUGACUCGUGUCCAACAGAAGGUCGCGAUGGGACAGCAAGGUGUCACGGCUCAGCCGAGCGGCGCCAUGGCGCCCCCCUACAUGGCGGGCAUGAGCCAGGGCGUGAUGGGACAGCCGCAGAGCGGAAUGAUGGUACAGCAGCAGAAUGGCACCAUGGGGCGGCCGCAACAGAGCGGGAUGAUUGCGCAGCAGCAGGUGGGAGGUUUACCUCAGCAGCAGAGUUACGCAGUGCAAAACGCCCAGCAGCUACAGUGGAACAUCCCCCAGAUGACUCAACACAUGGCCGGCGUCAACCUCCACAACGGCGUGACGGGAUACAGCGGGCAGCAAACGGGGGCCUCGGCAACUUCAAACUCAGAGCACAUGACCGCACACGUUUGGAAGUGAUCGGAUCCAUCCGGGAGGAGACGUGAUGACCCAGAAAACAGAGGCAAACUGAGUUGAAGGAAUCGGUGGAUUGGACUCCCCAAUCCUGUUUUUUAAUGCAAGGGAGGAGGAAGAGGAGGAGGAGACAGGGGUGAAGAGGAACAUGGUACUACUACUACUACUACUACCUCUCUUUCUCUCUCCUCUCUGACCAUGCUUCCUCUUCUACAUCCAUGGCAGAAUUUCCAUGCUUGCCUUCCGAAACACUGACCAACGUAUGAUGACCAACGCAACAGGGUUCAGAGGCUCACUGCUUGACGUAACAGAACAGUUGGUUUUUGAUCAGAAUCAGCAUAAAUGUUAGGAAAUGGUCUGUGAAUUUGGGCAUUUAUUGGAACAAGAUGUGUUUCCCCCAAAAGAUGGAAACAUAACUUAGAAACAUGGCUUAAUUGUCCUUUUCGCCGACAGUUGGAUGAAAAGUUUGAUGCGAUACCACCAUUAACUCUCUACAGCAGACGGUUAGCUUAGCAUUAGCAUUCAGACUGAGAGACCAGACGAAGAACUGGACCGACUCCGAUGGAAGAUUUCGACAGUUUUCAGAUGGAAUUAUAUGUGAGUUGAUGAAAAGUCGGCUUUAGAUACGCUCAAAGCAGGAUGUGAGCGUGACAAGUCUUUGCGCUAAGCUGUCCGUCUGCUGGCAUCGGCUCCAUACGUAUCGAGGAGGAUCAAGCCAGGCUACGCUAUGCUCGCCACACCUUUAAGUUAAAGGUAUUACUGAAUAAGAUUAGCUCUGCAUAAAUAGGGAAAAUGUGUUAAAUUGUACAAAACACAAUAUUCUAAAUACUUAACAACUUACAACCAUAUUAAAAAGGUAAGAAAUCUCUUUUUGUGUAAAGUACCUUGUUCCUCAGUUCAAGCAGCGACACAACCUACCUAAACAGCCUGUAUUUAUGAUGUCUUCUACCCAACCAACACAGGGCUUCUUUUAGAAAUCAACACAUAAUCUCCACUUUUAAGUGUCUAAAAUCCUAAACUGGAUUUGGGAGACCAAAGAUCAACGCUAGCUUUAUUACGGUUGUACAGCAUUCCGAUGCUUUGUUGCAUCUGUGCGGCCGCUCAACUAGUGAUUAGUAUAACUUUCAACUCAGCGGCCCUUUAAAAGUACGUUUGGUCGGUCUGGGCUCAUCGGUUCACUGUGCUACCUCCUCAGCAAGAGCGGGACACUUCAGAAUAAGGUCACUCGCAUGUAUGUUUGUCUACCUUGUACAAUAGAGGCCUCAAAUAACGCUGAAUGUCUAUGAGAAAGAAAGGAAUACAGAGAGAGGGGUGUGUACAGAGGCACAGGACAACUGAAAGUACAGAGCCGCCAUGUUUCAGAUUCUUCCACUGAAUUGCAUGAAGAGAAUGUUUAUCUAGCUCCGAUUGUACGUACUGUGUUAAUUGAGGUAUCUGAACGGGUCUCUAUGAACGUUUCUCUCUACCCAGUUGACCCAGCUCUCCCAUUCCGACCGGCAUCGACUCAACGAAUGUUAUUCCCGAAUGUGUUUCAUGACCAUCGGACUCGUUUUUCACACCAGGGGUGCGUUUUCUCUUUUUGAUAUUCUACCGCCGCGUUGAGCACUGGGGUCUUUGGAAUUGUGUGCGAUCAGCAGAACCGUAGUUCAACCAUAAGUGAAUAAUCAUUUAAAAACAUCUAAAUUAACCCCUGGACGCCGCUCCCUUCCAAACAAGCAGCAACCUCUGUAUCCCAACCUCUUUAAAAAGCUUUUUUUUUUUAAUCAAUUUUUCUAAAUGCAUGGCACCAUUAGUGUGAACUAUUUUAGUUUUAAGCAGUUACUGAUUGUGUUGCGAGAUGAACGAUUCAUACUAAAUGCUAAUGCUAAUGCUACCAAUGAGCAGUAAAGCCUUCCAGGUUUUUUUUUUUUUACAUUGUAGUUCAUUUGGUGUCAUUUUCUCUGCUGAGAGACAGUGUGUCGUCUUUGCAGCAGUGGAGAGUUUUUUGAAGCAGUGUGAAUCCAUCUCUGUGGCCGAUGAUCCUCUUUUAAGUUUGCUUGUACCCGGUCCCUUUUUUUUGUCUGGUAUAUUUUCUGUGAAAUAACAGCAAUUGAAGGAAUGUAUAUUUUGUAUGUACUUGUCAAUCAAGAUGUUGUGUAUUUUAUUCUUCAUCAGAAUGUCUCAGUCACAUCUAGUUUGGCUCUUAAGAAAGAUUGAUGAACAUGUGCCGUUUUGUUAAUUCUGCAUUCUUUUCCACGUGCUUUGCAGCUUUUGAUGUUACAUCUACACGAGUCAGUCAAUUACGUUUGAGAAUAUGUAACACAUGGUACUUGUCUCUGUGAAAAUAUACAAAAUAAAUAGCGCUUUGAUUCAA